AGAUGGAGCAAGAAUCGAUCAUUACCUUCAAAGAAAGAAAAAUGAGCAGUGUCUGUCAAUAUAUGAGUUAUGUGCUCUUGGCAGUUCACGACAUGACAUGUAUGCCUGGUCCUUUGCCACAAAGCGCUAUGGGGCAAUCUUUUCUAUUCUUUGUGGUCUCAUCCGUCGAUACCCAAUCGUAUCAAGCCUUGAGUUUGAACUUGGAGAUCAAGAACCAAAAUCUGUCAUUGAAGAGCACGUUCAAUGGUUGAUGGGUAAUAUUCGAAAUUUACUUGAGAAAAUUAAAGAUGAGUCAGACAAGCUGACCAUCAUUCAAGACGGCGUUUCUCUUAUUAACGUAAUGGAUGUUGGCGUCAACAAAGCUCUUUAUGAUUUUUUAUCUAUGAUGCUUCUCUCUUGCGGCAAACACAUUCACCUUGCUUUCUUUUCAUUGAAUAGAGAUGGGCCUAAUCUUGGUGAGAAACCAGACUUACCUUCUGACCACUAUGGGGAGAGAAAAGAUGAUGUUUUGGUUAUGCAACCAAGGUCACGACUCACAUAUCUCCUCCAUUUUGCUACAGUUGGUUACACCACAAAAGACCAGCAUGAACAAGAAACAAAGAAUGCUACAGUUAUGAUAGCCACGAGGAAAAGUUCAGCAACAGGAAAUACACCUUCACUGGAUCAAGCCAAAAAGGAAAUAAUCGAGCAAGCAAGAUCAAGAGGUGUAGACCAGUUUCUAAAGAAUUGGAUAUUAAUUGAUAUCGAUGACGAGAAAUCCAUUACAAAAGAAUUUGGGCAGAGGAUGGAAGAUAUAAUUAAGAACAAAUAUGAGCAGCUCACAAUACAGCUCCCCCUUCGAUGGAUAUUUUUGAGGAGUCUUGUCGUGUCACUGAUAGUACUGAAACAAAAGCAAUUAUCCUGUCCAAGAAAUAUAUCAUAGAAAUGGCAGACAAGCUGGAUAUGAAAGAGGACGAAGUUGAAAAGUUUUUAAAAGCAUUCACUGACUUUGGCAGCAUCCUCUACAUGCCUCAGUAUGACAGUAUUAAAGAUAUUGUCAUUGUCAAUAUUUUGGAGUUCACUCAGUACCUAAACAAGCUUUAUUAUCCUCAGACAGAAGAAUCGUAUGCUCACAAUCUGCUAAAGUAUGGAAUCAUAUCAGAAUCAUCCGUGAAGGGAAUUUUCUGCAAGUAUCCUGAUAUAUGUGCUGAAAAUUUUAUGGAGGUGCUUACCACUAUUGCAAUGGCCUCUAAAAUCAAAAGUGGUCAGUCUGUUCUCAUUGACCAGAAGCCGCUUCAGCCUGAAGUACACUAUUAUUUACCAUUAGCAAGAAUUCGUGAAGUAUACACACCACCAGAAAAAGAAGAUGAUUAUGCUUUCAUUGAGAUAGAGAGUGUCAACUUCCCAGCCAAUGUACAAGCUUGCAUUAGCAAUUCCAUUAUGAAAAAUAAAGAUGCUGUUCUUAUUGCUACAGAACACAACAACGUUUCACGAUUUCUAUUUCAGUCUGAGAGUGGUCCUCCUAUUGAAAUAGAGAUGAUCUACAAAGGAAGCAAGACAAGAUUAAGAAUAAUGAACAGUUCCAAUGACAUACUCAUGUCUCCAGCAACAGUUGAAGCAUGCAAAAAAGUUAUUACUGGUUCCUGUAGAUGUCUCAAAAGUAAAAUCAAUGUAAUACGUGACCUCAAAUACAGUUUUGCCGUUCCCUGUGCAUCUCCUGAAGGUGGAUGUCAUUUUCUCUAUAAUGAUCGGGAGCCUCAGCUCUGUGAUGCUUGUUCAACUGAGAAUAAUUUCAGAUUAUGUUGGAGCAAAGCAGCAAAACAGUGUGACUUGCUAAGUGAAGGCAGUGGAGCAAGAACGAGUGAAAAUGAUCUACUGAACUUUCAAGACAUUUCUGGCAUUAUUACAGGCAAAUAUGAUUUUGAAGCUCUUAAAAAAGCACUGAACAUUGAUAAAAGUGAUUUCCCUGACUUGAGUAGUCCAGGAGAUGAGGAUAGCAAAAAGAAGGAACUGAUGUUGAUGCUCCUAUUGUGGGAAAAACGAACAGACAAGCCUACUAGACAUGCUCUGAUAGAUAAAUUAAAAGAGAAUGGGUGCGAUGAUAUUGCUGAGAAACUUAAAAACACUAGUAUAGCAUAUUAGUCUAAAUAGUUGUUAGUAAAGUUCAAAGUUGGCCUUAUUUUACAUUAUUUUUAG